CUCAUCAUAGUCACAAGACCUCUCAGCUGAGGCUGCCUUCAAUUUACUGUUUUUCCCAAAUAUUAAGUUUUUCGAUUCUUCUUUGGCUAAAACAGACGUGAUUAUCAAUUCUGUAGCCAAAAUGGCUAACUUUGGGGAUGAAAAUGUUAGUCAGCUUAUGCCGUCGCUAGGUGAUGAAAAAAUCGAUAUGAUUGCUGCCACCAGCGUCUUGCAAAUCCGAGCCAGUGAUAUCCGCCAAACUCAGAUCAACUGGCAGUCUUAUCUGCAGUCACAGAUGAUCACGCAGCGUGACCAUGACUUCAUUGUGAAUUUGGAUCAGCGUGGCCAAAAAGAGUUGCCUGACAAGCAGCCCGAGCUUUGUGCUGAUGUGUUUCUUAACUUGAUCACUCACAUCAGCAAGGACAACACUAUCCAGUAUCUGCUUGUUCUGAUUGAUGACAUCCUCUCUGAAGACAAAGCCAGAGUGAAGAUCUUCCGUGAGAGGUCUGCAGGAAAUGCUUGGCAGCCAUUCCUCAACCUGCUGAACCGUCAAGAUGAGUUUGUUCAGCAUAUGACUGCUCGUAUCAUUGCCAAGCUCGCCUGCUGGCACCCUCAGCUGAUGGAGAAGAGUGACCUUCACUUCUACCUCUCCUGGCUCAAGGAUCAACUUAAAAUGAACGCGGAGAAAAUGUCUGCCGAGUUAGAGCAUGCCGAGCAGGUUAUGUUGCUGCACGAGAAACAGCAUUUCGCCGCCGAUAAACCUCAGAAACAUCACCAUCACAAGGAUAAAGACCAUUCUGACGCUGGCCCAGAGAAGUACUCGAGCCUUUACAGCUCUUUUGAUGAGCUGAAGCCGCUCGACCACUUGCCGCCUGGCCUGCACAAGCACAAUGACUACAUCCAAUCUGUUGCCCGCUGUCUGCAAAUGAUGCUCCGUCUGGACGAAUACCGCUUCGCGUUCCUGUCUGUUGACGGCAUCUCCACUUUGCUGUCUAUCCUGGCCUCCAGGGUCAACUUCCAGGUGCAAUACCAGCUGGUGUUCUGUCUGUGGGUGCUGACAUUCAACCCACUGUUAGCCGAGAAGAUGAACAAGUUCAACGCCAUACCCAUCCUGGCUGACAUCCUUAGCGACUCCGUCAAGGAGAAGGUUACUCGCAUCGUCCUCGCUGUCUUCAGGAACCUCAUUGAGAAGCCAGAAGACCAACAGGUGGCAAAGGAACACUGCAUUGCUAUGGUCCAAUGCAAAGUAUUGAAGCAGCUCUCCAUCUUGGAGCAGAAGCGCUCUGACGAUGAAGACAUUAUGAAUGACGUUGAAUUCCUUAACGAACGCCUCCAAGCCUCGGUACAAGACCUCAGUUCUUUCGAUCAAUACGCUACUGAAGUUAAGAGCGGCCGUUUGGAAUGGUCCCCCGUGCACAAGUCGGCGAAGUUCUGGCGCGAGAACGCGGCGCGGCUCAACGAGCGCGGCCAGGAGCUGCUGCGCACGCUCGUGCACCUGCUGGAGCGCAGCCAGGACCCCAUCGUGCUCGCCGUCGCCUGCUACGACAUCGGGGAGUACGUGCGCCACUACCCGCGCGGCAAGCAUAUUAUUGAGCAGUUGGGCGGAAAGCAGCGCGUUAUGUACCUGCUGAGCCACGAUGACCCCAACGUAAGAUACGAGGCCCUAUUAGCCGUGCAGAAACUCAUGGUUCACAACUGGGAAUACCUUGGAAAGCAACUGGAGAAAGAACAAAUCGACAAGCAGGCUGGCACUGUAGUUGGAGCUAAGGCUUAAAAUGUUAUAUAUUUAAAUGAAAUAUUUAAUUCGUUGUUAUUAUUGUUGUCUUGAAUGAUACCGGGCUUACAUAUACAGUAGCUACAUUACGUAAUAAAUAAUGUAAAUAAUUUGCUACAGUUCAUUCUGACUAACUUAUUAUUUGUUUAAACAUACAUCAAAAUGUAAAUUGAAUGAUUUAUUACUAUAGAGUUAUAUAAAAUAUGAAAUGACGCUAAGUUUUCGAAACAUUUAGUGUACACAUUCCUUUAAAGGUUUAUUAUAUUACUGAAUAAAAUAUUAUGAAAGAUAUUGUAUAAAAAUAUGUAUUCAAUAACUUGAAAUUGUUAGAAUUUUAGCUGUUUGUGAUGUGAUAACUGGCUACAUCAGUAUUUUUGUGAAUAAAGUUCAUCA